AUGUCCUCAACUAUCCCUCACCCCGUUCUACCACGCCCAGGCGUAGAGUCCCCACUCUCAAAAUCGCCAGUCUCCGCCCCUCCUGAGGAAUCUUUCACUUCUACUUUUGGUACCCUGCUCCCACCCGCCCGGUAUCUCACCACCAAUAAUGGAAAAGCCGCGUACUACUCGAUACCUCCAUCAUCGUUUCUAGGGCCAGGAACAAAACCUCCAGAGCGUGUGCUUUUCAUCCAUGGCGUGCAGACUCCUGCUUUAGGCAUGCUUCCACUAGCUCGCAAACUGCAUGCAUAUAUUUCCUCGGCGCAUUUUGUAUUGAUUGAUCUAUGGGGCCAUGGACUGAGUGACACGCCAGUUGCUUCACAUGAGGCGGGCCUAUUCCACGGGCUAAUCGACACGUUACUGGAUCAUUUGGAAUGGCCUUCUGCUCAUCUCGUGGGCUUUUCCUUUGGCGCAUCAUUGACAGUUGGCUAUGUUGCAUCACGGGCUUCGCGUGUGCAAAGCUACGUGUUGGUUGCACCUGCAGGACUUGUCAAGAGUUCUUCUUUCACGCCGGCUGAACAAGAACAUUUCCAACAUGAUUGCGAUGAGGAUGCUGCGCGGCAAUGGGUCACGGCCUGGCUCGAGGGUGGAGAGCUAAUCGUCCCAUCGGAUUGGAAAGAGAGAUUUGGACGGGGAGAAGUAGUCGCCGAAGCUGUACGUGAGUGGCAGACCCGCAAUCACCCUGGGCACGCGGCAUCUGUGGUCGCUAUCGUCCGGGACGGCGGUGUUAUAGAUAAUCAUGAGCGUUUCCAGGAAGCGGUGGCAACGGGUGUACCCUCGACUGUGGUUUUGGGAGAGAAGGACGAUUUGUGUACUGAACAAGAGCUACGAGACUUUGGUUUCGAUAAUGUUUUCGUUGUCCCAGACGCUGGACACGGAGUGGUGCGGGACAGAGUACCAGAGGUCGCAGGGUUCAUUAAUGAGUUCUGGAGGAUGAAAUGA